UAAGAUGGCGACAACGGACGCCAAGGAAACGCAAGAGCGACGUGUAAGCAUUUAAUUCCGCUCUAAGUUAAGUUGUUUUGUCAUUUUACUGUGUUUCAUUACGCACAGUUAUAUACGAGGGAGUGGUUGAAUAUUAUAAGGUGCAUCAUAGGCGUUCAUUAAACGCGCUAUGGCAUCAGUUGUAACGGAAACUCUGUACCAGGUUAGUAGCGACGGUACAGAAAACAUGGAUACUGAAGUUGAGAGCCCCGCACAUUUUGGACAAGAUAUGCACAGUUACUGCAAAGCUCCUCCCGUCAAGUCCGAUACGAGUGCCAGUAAACCACGAUCUGACAGCGAAACGGAUACGUGCGAAGAAGACACGGGUACCGCUCACAAUUCUGAGGACGAAAUGGUAUACUGCAUUUGUCGCACGAGCGACACGAGUAGAUUCAUGAUCGGCUGCGACAACUGUAAUGAGUGGUACCACGGAGACUGCAUCAGUAUUACGGAAACGUACGCCAAGAAUAUCGUCAAGUUCUUUUGCCUCAUAUGUCGCGAUCGUGACCCGACGUUAGAAAUAAAGUUUAAGGAAAAGAAAGAGAGAAGCCACUCCCACGACGAACACAAAAGCAAAAGUAGGAAGCGCGACGAGUCCUACUCGCCCACGCGGCACAAGGACAAGGAUAAGUCGUCGCACAAAUCGAGAAAGAGCAAGAAGAAGUCGACGCGGCAGUGCGGCGAGUGCACUGCCUGCUACCUCACCGAAGACUGUGGGCGAUGUGAUUUCUGCAAGGACAUGCGCAAGUUCGGAGGACCCAACAAAAUCCGCCAGAAAUGCAGGAAGAGGCAGUGCCUUAACUUUGGUCUCAUCCUGGGGAAAAAACCGAUGUCGUCUCCAAAGAAAUCCAGGUCUUACAUGUUCGACGACGACUACGACCCGGAGCUGGACGUCAUCAACGAUAAUUCCGACCACGGCAACGACUACGCGGACGACGACUACGAGCCGGAGCUGGUGAGGAGGCCCGCCAAGAAGCCUCGUCACAAGCGGAGCCCCAGUAAGAGCGAAAGUAGGCGUCAGGCGUCCCAGUCUCGAAGGUCCCGCAAGGAAGAGCACAAACGGGAACACAGGAGCGAGAAGGAAAAGAGCCGUAAGGAAGAGGACGCCCUCCGCCAGUGCUACGGUCCCGGCUGCACGAGCGCGGCGAGGUCCGGCUCCAAGUACUGCAGCGACGAGUGCGGUCUGAAGCUCGCAACAAACCGCAUCUAUGAGAUACUUCCGCACCGCAUCCAGCAGUGGCAGUCCGGCCCGUGCCACGCGGACGAGGCCAACCGUCGUCAGCUGGAGCAGAUCCGCAAGCAGCAGCAGGACGCUCGCAGCACCCUGCAGCAGCUGGAAGAGAAGAGGGCUCAACUCGAGAAGGUGAUCGAGCGCGCGAAACGGACUCCGCUCGUGGACGACGACGAGACUGCCGACGACUACGAAGAGAGCGAAUUGAGCACGUACUGCGUUACGUGCGGCCACGAAGUGAGCGCCAGGGCCGCCAUGCGGCACAUGGAGAAGUGCUUCAACAAGUACGAGAGCCAGGCGUCCUACGGCUCCAUCUACAAGACGCGCAUCGAGGGUGACAACGUCUUCUGCGACUUCUACAACCCCCACCAGAAGACCUACUGCAAGCGCCUCCGCAUUCUGUGUCCCGAACACUCGAAGGAGCCCAAGGUGGCAGACGACGAGGUGUGCGGGUUUCCUCUCGUCGCCGACGUGUUCCGCCACACGGGGGAGUUCUGCAACGUCCGCAAGAAGCUGUGUGCCAAGCACUACUGCUGGGACAAGUUCCGCCGUGCGGAGACGGACAUGGAGAUAGUGAGGCAGUGGUUGAGGCUGGACGAGCUGUACGAACAGGAGAGGAACAUGUGCAUGGCCAUGACGAACAGGGGGGGCGUGUUGGGGCUGAUGUUGCACCAGACUAUUUCGCACAACAGCAUGUACGACAUGCCCCCGCCUCCAAUUCAGGCAUCGGGAUGAGAGGGGCGCGAUAUUCUGUACUGGUCUUUGCGGUGCACUAAACAUGUUUAUAAUACACAGUUUUAUGGCA